AUGGCGUCGCAGACAAGAGUGGCCGCCGUCACAGGCGCGAACAAGGGUAUUGGAUUGGCUAUUGUCCGCAACCUUGCACUCCAAUAUCCAGCGUCGCCCCUUAAAGGCGGCCCGUUCCUAAUCUACCUCACUGCUCGAUCAGCCGAACGAGGUGCCGAAGCUGUCAACACGCUCAACAACGAUCCUCAGCUCAAGCAAGCCAAGGUCCUCGUCCAGGAUGGCGGCGAUACGACUAUCAAAUUCCGAGAGCUGGACAUCAGUAAGACGACCAGCAUCCAGGAGUUCGCCAAGUCCCUGAAGCAAGACCAUCCGGAUGGCCUUGAUAUUGUCAUCAAUAAUGCACCGGCAUGCAUCGCUCUGCAAGGCUUCGAUGCCAACGUCGUGAAAGAGACACUUCAUACGAACUACUACGGCACGUUGGAAGUAACACAAGAUCUACUACCGCUGUUGCGGAAAGGAGGCCGCAUGGUCAACGUAUCAAGCAUAUCUGGCAAGCUGAACAAGUACUCUGAUGAGAUUCGGAACGCCUUUCUACAAGCUGCGAAGACCGAUGUACCGGCCGUUACGGCGCUUAUGGAGAAGUUGAAGCAAGCGGUGGCGGACGGCAGGGAGAAAUAA